AUGCUCACAGGUGCUGAUGAUAUUCACGUCGAGCGCUUGGCCAGGUUGGAGUCCAGCAUCAAAGGAAUGCGUGAAUUUCUCGUGCGACACUUGCCAAGGCGAUCCUCUAAUGGCAAGAUCACCAGAGCGGCAGCGUUCCUAGCCAAGGCUCGUGAAUACCUGAGGGUUAUGGAAGCAGACGUAGCAGCGAUCAGAAAGACAGACCGAGCUGUCAGAAAAAGUGCGGAAAAAAUGCGAAGACUUCGCAACUACGUCCGCAAAACAAUUGAACGACUUCAGAACCCAGCCGACUGCAAAUCAGCGCCCAAGCUGCGCUGCGUGCUCAACAACACGUGCGGACUUGCGGCCGGUGCUCACGACGUCCUUUGGUGCUUUGUGGCAGCCUUGCGAAUGGGUCGCACGUUGAUUCUCAAAAGCACGCGUUGGCACUAUGCUCAAGGCGAUGGUGGCUGGACAGAAGUGCUCCAACCUGUCACUGGUCCUUCUUGCAACGGUGCUGGCUCCGAAAACAUGAUAGUCGACGGCUACCCCGGAUAUAAUUCUGUCCUAAAAGAGCGAAGCCAAAUUCUGGAUCUACCAGCGUCUAUCACGAAGGACCUGGUGGCGAAUCACGGUGGCCCGUACGCCUGGUGGUACGGCCAGAUCAUGGCUUACGUCUUCCGGCUACAGAACUCGACACGCGAACUCAUCGAAGACUUCAAGAUGAACCAUGACUACAAGCAUCCAAUUGUAGCUUUGCAUAUUCGGCGCACGGACAAGAAGAGGGAAGCAGCGUUCCAUGACGUGGCCGAGUACAUGCAGCAUGCUGAAGAGUUCUACAGCUCCCUGGCGCUCAGGGGCCAGCCAGUCCAGAAGCGUGUGUUCGUCUCUACUGAUGACCCAAAAGUAAUUACCGAGAUAAUACGGAAGUUUCCAGCGUACAAGGUCAUCUCCAACCAUCUGGCUGCUCUUGAGGCCUUCGACUUGCAGACUCGAGUGAACAACUCUACUCUCGCUAACGUGCUCAUUGACAUUUAUCUACUCGCCGAGUCAGACUACCUCGUUUGUGCCUUCUCCUCUGGGUUCUGCCGUGUCGCCUACGAGCUGAUGCAAGCCCGCUACGCCGAAACGGGUGCGGACGCUACUCACAAGGCAGUGUCGGUGGACAUCGAAUACUUCUACGCUUUCGUGCCUUUCCCACCUCGACGGACGUUGUACUGCAACAAACGCGUCUUCCACAACGAGCUGGAGUGGACGCUUCCCGGCGUUCUGAUCGAACGGCCCGACGAGUUCAUGCCCGUGAGAGAGGCGAAGGAGAAGAGAUACGCCGACGGCUUCAACACGGGUCGUCGCGUGGGCUCUCGCGUGGAUUACAACCGCAUGAUGUUUCCGCGUUUUAAGACGGUGCGGACGUACUCCGUCGCGCAGUAUGGUGCCUUCAACGACUCGCGAGUGUAG